AUGGAUCUCCCGCCGCUCUCCCAGCAGGCGCUCUUCGCGGCCCUCCGAUCCGCGGACGCCAAGGCCGUGCGCCGCCUCCUGGCUGGCGCCGAGGAGUCCGCGCUCUAUGUCCCGGUGGAUGCCGAGGCCGUGCGCCUCCUCCUCCCGCUCUACGACCUCGAGGCCGCCAAGCUCUACUCCCGCCUCAACCUCGAUGCCUUCCACGUCGCCGCCAAGCAAGGGCACACCGGGUUUGAUGCUCCGAGGAACAGCAUGGAGUUCGCCAUGGAGGCGCCCCACAGCUACGGCGUCUUCCAAGAGGACGUCCCGCAGGGGAAGGAGGAGGAGGAGGAGUUCAGCAUGGGGCCUCUCUCCAUUCUCAUGCUCAGCGUCGGCGUCUUCCCCGACGGUGGCUAUGGCGGGACCCUCGAGAUCGUCGUCUUCCUGACCGGGACCCUUGGUUAG